UAUCAAACGACCCACAUUAGCUUCAGCACUGAUAUUCGUUGCGCCAACGAAAACCCAACAACGCCGCAUGAAUUGAAUUAUCAUCCACGUAUUUUUUUCCUACUCUCUUUCCUCACUUUUCAUCUGAGAAGGACGCCACAACUUGACAAGACCGCCUAGAUAUCGGCCUACGAGACGUUUUAACAUUGGUUCCAAGUUUCCUUGACUAUAUCCAAUAUGGACUCUGUGAGCGAUGCUCUCGCUUCUAUUCCGCAGAGCGUGAUACUAGCCUUUGCUAGUCUUGGAGGUCUAUUCGUGGCCUCUAAGCUCCUAAGCUUCCUCAGUUUGUUUAUGAGUGUAUUUGUCCUUAGUGGCACCAAUCUCAGAAAAUAUGGCAAGAAAGGUACCUGGGCGGUGGUGACAGGUGCAUCAGACGGCUUAGGAAAAGAAUUCGCUACUCAACUCGCAGCGAAGGGCUUCAACUUGGUUCUAGUAUCCCGAACCUUGUCCAAGCUAGAAUCACUGUCUCAGGAGCUGGAAAAGAAAUUUUCCGGACUGCAGACGAAAGUCCUUGACAUGGAUUUCUCUGCUGACGACGACGCCGACUACGCUCGUCUCGCCAAGCUGACGACCGGUCUUGAUAUCGGUAUCCUCAUCAACAAUGUCGGCCAAAGCCACAGCAUUGCUGUCCCUUUCCUCCUCACCGAGCAGAAGGAACUUCAGGACAUCGUCACUAUCAACUGCCUCGGUACUCUAAAGGUCACUCAAGCUAUUGCACCCGGUAUGCAAGCUCGCAAGCGUGGCUUGAUUCUCACGAUGGGCAGCUUCGGAGGCUGGAUCCCGACCCCGUAUCUAGCCACAUACUCCGGAAGCAAGGCAUUCCUACAGCACUGGUCGUCUUCCCUCGCCGCAGAGCUGAAGCCUAGCAACGUAGAUGUUCAACUAUGCCUCAGCUACCUCGUAACUACCGCCAUGAGCAAGGUCCGACGCGCAAGCGUAUUGAUUCCCGGCCCAAAGCCUUUCGUACGGGCCGCCCUAGGCAAGGUGGGCCUCGGAGGUUGGCAGAGCAUGGCAUACACGUACACGCCAUUCUGGAGUCACGCGUUGAUGGCCUGGGCUAUCGAGAAUACCAUUGGCGUUGGUCAUCGCCUUGGUAUUUGGGUUAAUCUAAAAAUGGAAAUGGAUAUCCGGGACCGAGCUCUAAAGAAGGCGGCCCGAAACGCGAAGAAGGAGUAGGAGACGAACAAGACUACUUUGGAGAUAGAGGGGAGGAUGUCUGCAUGGAAUGGGGUAUUGUUAUCCAUAAAUAGCUAUAUCUGUAACUACCUACCUAUAGGCUUAGAUAAUUGCAAGAUAGUAAAUUUACGGAAGACCUUUGUAGUUACUGAUCCUUACCUAGCGGGCGACCUAUCUCAUAACCAUUCCCGGCAACGGACAGUCGAG